UAUGUGGCCGCAACAUUUGUCAUCGAAGCAAUGGGCAUUGCAAAUGCCGACGAGCAUCGUGUUAUGCUGCGGAAAGAAAAAAAUAAAACUGAAGUCGAGCUGAAAUCUGCCUUUGAAAUUAACAAACGGAUUGAAGUGAGUGGAAUGGCUAAACUGUUUCUUGGUAAAUACGGAGUUAUGUUUCUAAGCUUUAUUAUGACAAUCUAUCUGUUUGGCGAUCUUGCAAUCUAUUCUACCACAGUACCCAAAUCAUUGAUGAACGUUAUAUGCGAUUCAUCAAGAUCCACAGUUGUCAAAAAUACGGAUCCAUGCUACGGAAGUUGGCCGGAAUGGCUUACACGAAUCGCAGUUUACCGGCUUUCAGUAGCUGCAUUCACGUUGUUUGUUACACCACUUGUAAUCAUCGGUGUUACUCGAACUAAGUAUAUGCAAAUAGCAACUUCGGUUUGCAGAUGGAGUGCAUUCAUAAUAAUGAUUGUCUUGGCCUGUGUUCGUUUUGGACAACAUGGCGCUCUGAUACCAAAAGCUGCAAGUAUUCAUGGUUUUGGUUCUCUGUUUGGUACCACUGUUUAUGCUUUUAUGUGUCACCAUAGUUUACCAAGCCUUGUUACACCAAUGAAAUCGAAAAAGAAGUUUUCAUUUUGGUUAAUGUUGGUUUAUGGAGUCAUUUUUGGCUUUUAUUUCUUCCUUUCAUUCACUGGUACAUUGGCAUUCAAAGAAUUGUUUGAUGUCUAUCCACUAAAUUUUCUUCAUGAUAACGAGCAUAAAGGAGUUGGCUUUCAAAUUAUCUUCUACUUCUUGGCACUGUUUCCUGUAUUUACUCUAACAUCCAAUUAUCCAAUUGUUGCAAAUACAUUGGUAAACAACUUUAUGGUCCUACUCGACAUCAUCUAUGAACUACAAGUACCUGAGGAUGAAUCGCCAGAAAAAACAUUACCACAUCGUGAACGUAUAAGAUAUAUGACUAUUGGAAUAGUCAUUGCAAUUGCAACAACAAUUGCGCUUUGUACGGAUAAUGUGCUAAUUUUGGCAACCAUUACUGGCAGUUAUCCGGGUGUCGGUGUUCAGUACAUUAUACCGGCUUUGUUAGUCGUCUUUGGCAGAAGAUAUACUCACCAGCAACUAAGUACCGAUGUACCCAGCAAUGUUCGUAGUCCAUUCCAUCAAAAUAUUUGGGCAUACAUGAUGUUUGUCUGGUCGGGUGUAACAAUCAUUAUGACAACAUUGAACCUCUGUAAAGUGUUUAAUAAAAUUUAG